AUGCAACAUUUCGUUGUCCUUGCGGCCCUCGUGGCCGCGGCAAGCGCUCAGCUAUGCUCGAACCCCGGCCAGCUGGUGCCGAAUCCGAUGAACUGCAAGGAGUUUUUCAUGUGCCGCUCGGGCCGCACCAUCCUGUUCUCCUGCCCGGACAAUACGCUGUUCAACCCGCGCACGCUGGCCUGCGACAUGACCAACCGGGUGCACUGCGAGUGGGGCACUCUUCCCGACAACGUCAUCAAUUCGGCCAUCAAGGCGAACCCAUCGCAGAUCGAGCAUACGGUGACGGCCUGCAUUAACCAACCGAUCGCCAUGCUGUUGCCGAACGUACAGGAUUGCCAGCGGUUCUAUCAGUGCUCCGCCACCGGAGCCAUCGCCUUCCAGUGUCCUCACGGAACGAAUUUUGAUGCCUGGCGUAAAACGUGCCUCGAGGCUGGGGAUGCCAUCUGUGGAACGGUCAGCCAGCCGAACCCGCCGCUGGUUCCGCCGGUCAUAGUGCCGCCGAUCGUAAUGCCUCCGGCCAUCCUGCCUCCAACGCUCCCCGUGGUGCCACCAACGAACAACCAGAACAGCCUUCAGAUGCUGUGCCGUGGAAAGCCGCUCGGAGCGAUGAUCCGCAAUCCAGCGAACUGUCGGGAGUUUGUCCGAUGCGUUGGCACCAACCAGCUGCGACUGACCGAGUGCCCGGUCGGAACGGCUUUCGACGAUGUGCGCAACGUGUGCGAUUGGUCCCAAAAUGUCAAGUGUUAG